UUACCUGCAGCCCGGCACAGUUAACGUUGAACCGCACGAAGAUACGGCUCUUGUGGUACGGUGUACCGAGUCAUGUGAAUUUGUUGAAUUUUUCAUGUCAGUCUGAACUUGUACAGUGCAUUUAGUCGUGCAAGUGUAGUGUUUUAUUAAUAAAAAAAAGUUAAGAUGCUUCGAAAAUAUCUACUCAUUCUAGUCACAUUAGCAAUAGUCCAAAGAUCUUAUCAAUCUUUGGAUGACAACGAGGUGGACGGCGAAGACACCAAUCCGUGGGCGGAAGCGGCGUCGGCCGUAUUAAAGGAACAAAAUGUUCAAAACAUCGGUUCAAUGGUCAGCAGCUUUCUUGAAAACGGAGGCGCUAAACACAUAGGAGACCUUCUAGGAAACAUCGGGCCCGAAAAUGCUGCCAAUUUAUUAUCGAAUCUGGAUCCAUCAAUGAUAGCCAGUGCAGUGAACCUCUUCGCCGCCAACAAUGACUACCAAAAACCCGUGAAAGAAGGCGGUUCGAGGAAAACUAAGGGAGGAUCUCUUAACGUGGUCGACAUGAUUUCCGCCGCGACACAGCUCUUCGGCCAAGGAGGCGGCGGCGGCGAAGGAAAUCCUUUGGGAGAAGGAAUGCUGCAGUUACUGCCUACUUUGUUAUCCAGCGUGGGUUCAUUCGUUGGUCCCGAAGCUGACGAACGAGCCAGAAGCCACUCGGGACAUUCGUCGUUGAUGCCACCCAUUUUAGAAAAAAUCCACAUCUACUUCGACCACUUCCUCCACUCGGACAUCGGAAAGCAGCUGAUAAACAUGCUGGGCGCAGAAAAAAUCUUCAAUAUAUUUACGGAUGAAAAGGGACGCUUCGACUACAAUAAAUUUGGUGAAAUGCUGGAGAACCACUCGUUCAGAAAGCACUGGAUUCGCAUGGCCACCGACAGAUUGGCGACUAUUUUAAAGGCCAUUUCGGACCCUACGUUACAGAAACAGUACUUGAGCGCAGUACCACUGGUGGCCAACGCCUUCCUGAUGAAACAAGGAUUCCCAACGAACGUAAAAGUGGACUUGAAUAAACCUACUGAAUCUAUAACAUCCAUUGUAAACCACGUGUCCAAACAAUACCUGGGUUUUAAGAUUAACAGUAAAGAAUACGUCAAGCCAGCAGUUGAAUACUUACAGGAUAUGUAUAAGCUGUCCCAGAAGUCUGGCUUCUUAAACAACCCCAGAGAAUUAUCUGACAAAUUGGCUGACACCAUUAAUUUGGAAAUAAUUGAGCCUCUUGCCAGGGUGAACAGAGCAUACAGAUUUGCCAAAAAUGUACCAGCCUGUGACAAAUACGUAAUAUGUUUGGUGAACGAAGAGAAUCAAAAUGAUCCUGUGCAAUUGCCGGAAUUGAAAAAGAUGCUUUACAAAGGUUCCAGUUUGAUUGCCAGUUGGUUCAUCAGUGGGCAUACGGGUACACCGUUUUGGACAUUGUAUGAAAUCGUAAACUCCAAUCAAAGGUGUAAGAAAUUGUACUCAGAAAAAUGCCACGACUUCCACAUAGAAGAGGUAAAAGUUACAACUGAAUAUGUGCACAAUGAGUUGUAAAUGUACCCAAAAUUUGAUUUAAACAAUUCUUGCUCAAGUGAUAUGUGUAUUUAUGUUAGUGAUCAGUGCAUUUGAUGUACCCAAAGCAUAUCAUUCGAGCGAAAAAUAAAACCAUAGGUCAUUUAUUUUGUAAUUUUACUGUACAAUAUAGGUUAAUAAAUUUAA